AUGGUCUUCUUCGAAAGUGCAACGUCCAAAGGGUUCUUUGUUCACAAUCCAGAUGCAUUACUAACAAUAACCAUAAAUAGAACAAACUUGAAUAAUCUUGGAUUUGUCUUCGGUCAAAUUGCAAUAUUCAUGACUAAGGGUUUCGAGUAUACUAGUGCUCCAACUUUAAAAUCUAUCAGGAUGAAAAUUUCGAAAUUGUAUAGCCAAUCAUGGUGGCUGUUAUUAGGAAUGAGAGAGGAUAUAGUUAGGACAGUAAAGAGGGAGAUAGAGAUGGGUGAAGGAGAUGUUACCAUGGGGGCACUGAGAUUUUCGGACACUAUAGAAUUGGAAAUGCCUGAAUGUGAAAAAUGCAUAAUUAAAGACGAGACCCUCAUAGGAGAGAAUUCUGGGCAACAAAUUUGUGUGGCACCUUUUGUAAGAGAGAUGGUAGUGCUUGAUUUCAAUAUAAAAACAACAAACCCUCCUUUAUAUCCAAUUACUAACCGACAAUUAAUAAAGGCUAUACAAUACAAUUUAAGUAAUUUAGGUUCAAUAAAGAAAAAUGUAUCACUGAACCAGUCGAGUUCAGUUUAUUAUGAAAAAUUGAAGAAGUUUGUACCUUUCUCACAACAAGAGCGGGCAUCAGAAUUUUUAAAGGGUUUGCUGCACAACAAAGUCGUUAGCCCUGGGCAAAAUGAUUUGUUUAUUGCUGUAUUUUAUAACUUUGUAUAUGGAGGUAAACAAAAAACAAGUGUUAUGAGUAUGGAUAAAAUAUUUUACUCAAGAGAGGAGUUGCAUUUUGAUCUGUCCAACGGAAUUGUUAAGCUCUCAAAUGACGGAUGCUUAUACUGCGACAAUGAAUUGAUAGUAUCCGUUUCCAAUAGUAUGAAAGACUGCGAUGAAUCUGUGUGUGCUGUUUUACCAGCUUUACGAUGA